AUGCCGCCGCGUAAAAGCCUGUUCCCUCCGCUGCUGUCUGUGUCCCCAGAGGCGGGGCUCGAACCUGGGGUCUCCGCGGCCCCGGCGGCUCUCCACGCAGACAUCCAGGCUCUGCUGCAGCGGGGCCGCGCACAGGAGCGUCCCCCGGCGGAACGAGCAGGAGGCGGCUGCGACUGUACAGGAGGAGGAAGAGGAGGAGGAGGAGGAGGAGAGGCUCCGUGCGCCAUCGUGGAGCUCCGGCUGAGCCCCGGCGGGGCGCUGCGCUACCUGCAGCCGGACAGGUGCGCCCUGGAGCGGGCGCAGCGGCGGCGGCGCCUCGCCGCCAACGCCCGGGAGAGGAGGCGGAUGCUCGGACUGAACGUGGCCUUCGACCGGCUGCGGAGCGUCAUCCCGAACCUGGAGAGCGACAAGAAGCUGUCCAAGUCCGAGACGCUGCAGAUGGCGCAGAUCUACAUCUCCACCCUGAGCGAGCUGCUGCAGGAGGGGCCGCGGAGAGGCCCGCGGACCGGCGGGGCCCCGGGGAGGAGCGAGGAGGAGGAGGAGGAGGAGGAAGAGCAGGACUGUGACUCUCUGUAA